AUGCCUCUCUCACCUUUUCUAUCCCUUGCACUGGCUGUGGCUGUGACUGUGGGCUCGGCCCAGUCAUCUGGCUGUGGCAGAGACAUUCCCUCCAAGUUUCCCAGCCCCGGUUCCAGCAAGAAUCUGAGUCUGCCAGGAGCUGACCGUGAAUACCGGCUGUACAUCCCGGCCACCUAUGACAAGAACCGACCGGCACCACUGUACUUUUCCUUCCAUGGCGCGAGCAAGGAUAUGCUCGAACAGGAAGGGCUAUCACAGUUCUCCAAUCCGGAAUUCAACAAGGAUGGCAUCGCCAUCUACCCUAACAGCAAGAAUGGUUACUGGCUGUCUAAUCCCAACGCGGAUACAUCCAGCCCCAAUGAUCUCGACUUCACCAACGACCUCCUAACGCACAUGGAGGAGCUGCUAUGCAUUGACCCCAGCCGAGUCUACUCCGCAGGCAAAUCCAACGGGGGUGGCUUCACAAGCGUACUGGCUUGCAAUGCCACAGUCGGCAGCCGCUUUGCUGCUUUUGCCUCUGUCAGCGGUGCCUACUACGACAACGACAAUACACCCGGCAUAGGACCAUGUGCGCCGGCCCAGCGCGAAGAAGGAUAUCCAUUCCUUGAAUUCCAUGGGACAAUAGACACCACCGCUCCAAUUGAUGGCAAUGAUUCGAAAAAUCCCAAGCUUCCCACCAUUGACAUCUUGGAAGGCUGGGCCGAGCAAAACGGAUGCGGACAUGACGCCAAGUGGGCGACGAAUGAGACCGUUUUCACAACCCCGCUUGUCAAGCAUGCGGUUUGGAACUGUGAUGGGAAGCAGGGAAUAGUGCAGCAUUAUCGGGAGGGUGAUAAUGGCCAUUGCUGGCCAAGUACUGUCUCGAAUGAUGAUUACACGAGUAAUCCGGAUCAGUGUCCGUUGGGAAAGUAUGUUUUUAACGCCACCGCCUAUAUCUUUGAUUUCUUUGGUGGGUAUCGUCUGGAAACGCAAUUGGUAGAUCGGGAUCAUCUAUAA